AUGCUGGAAGCUUGCGAGAGCUGCGGCUACCAGAGGGAGGGCCUCCCCGGUGAGCUCCAAGAGGAGAGCGUCCAAAAGCAGGUUCCCGGGGACCCUGAAGCAAAGACUUGCGCGGUUUGGAACGACCUCCGGGUUGCGGCCGAAGUUGAAGUACGGAGCGAAUGGCGGGUCAUCUACCCGGAGGCAAGAAUGGACUUCGAAAUCGACUCCCUGGAUGCCCACCCUCAGCUGUCGGUCAGGCUGCGGGACGACCGGAAUGUUUGGGGCACGUGCGCCGUAGCACAAGGUGCCGCUUUGCAGCUCUCAAGCAGCUUCGGGGCCUUCGGGCGCGAGGCUCUCAAGCAUGCCCAAGAGGAAGAGGCCGGAGCUGAGGAGGAGGGCCGCGCGCGCACGCGGCGGCAGGCAGAGAUCAACCAGGAGAAGAACGCCGAGGUGACCCAAGCCGUCCUUCGGAGGCAGAAGCGCGCCAUGACCUGCAUGAUUCUUUGCAUGCUGAGUUUGCUCACAGGCAUGGUCUCCUGCGCAGUGGCCUCCUUCAACCUCGAGGCCGAGCUGCAAGGUGUUCUUCUGGCGGCGGCGCUGGUGGUUCUCUUCGGCUGCGGGGCCUGCGGAAUCAUUGGCCUGGGUGGGGCUGCAGGUGGCUUGGACUUGUCCAAGGGACAAGUUCAGGAUUCUGUCCGAGCCAAUCCCGAGCUGCAGCAGUUCCAGCUGCUGGCAAGAGAUGAGGGCUGGACAACUCAGCUGGGCCUGAGCUGCUUCUGUUUGUGUCCCUUCGUCUCCUUCAGUUGCGCCGUGGCAAUGAGUGUGGCCAUCGGCCUCAGCGGCUACGGUCGGCUCUUGGCCGUUCUUUGUGGUCCGGUGGCCUUGAUGAUGUGCUGUGGCGGCGUGUAUGGUUGGAGAAGUGAGGAUGGAGGUUGGAAGAAAAAAGCUGACAGUGCGUUUGCUGGUGCCUUCUUUUUCCCCUUUCUUUGGCCCUAUUUUCUCCUUCAAAACUGUGGCUUUAUGGAUUCCUUCGCGUCUUUGCUGCUGAAGCCGCCAAAAGGGUCCCUUGACGCAGCCGUCCACACCACCCACGAGCACACGAUUGUCUUUGAGGGAAAUGUCCUCCCAAAGCGAGAGACCGUGUGCUCGUGGCCUGGGAAAUAUGCCACGGCCUGGGACGAGUUGGUGGCCGGCAGUCGGCAAGACGACAUCAGUGCGGCGGUGGUGUUUCUGCCACAAGGGUCGAAACACUUCGGACUUCAUGACCCAAUUCCUCCCAGACAGGACUUGUGUGACUUGCAUGGCGAGUGCUGGUGCACCCCGCUUUAUGGCGAAGCCAAGCCGUGGGGCUGCAGAUGGUGGUCCAAAUGGAUUGCCAACGUUGAGCAGGCAGUAUCAGACAAAUGCACCCUUGUGGUAUACUACGUUAACGGCAUGAGAGGCAAGGGUAAAGUCAGAGACUUCACCAACGCAGGGAAGGAGCACGCGCGCCGCGAAGCGAUUUUCCGGUGUAAGGAUGCCUUCCUCCAAUCUGACAGCUUCCAAAAUGCCCUCCUGGCUGGCCUCAGGCACCUAUCGAACAAGCAAGGCCCAGACUCCUCCUCGCCCUACUCUCGGGAGGUGCAUCGCCUGUUCCUAGCAACGCUUUCGGAGGAGGAUCGCGUGUUCUUGGAGGCGUCCGAAGGCCUCGGGAAUUCGCAGAAGGCGGAAGUUGCGUGGCUGGAGCGAAACGGCUACCCAUACAUUGAAAAAGAAGUUUGGGAACUUGCAAGCUCACCGCCCAAGGCGAUAGGGCAAGCCGACCAGAUAUCCUAUUCUGUCGCUUCUGGAAAAGGGGUACCUGGUACUCUUCAUGUUUCACACGCCUGGCACGUAAAAGCCUGUAAACCCUAUAAACCCUGCCAAACCCUAUAA